UGUAAAGGAAGUGCUGAUAAUAAUCAGGCAUUAGUAUUACUUCACCACACACCAGACACAAAUCACUUCAGUCUGUGCCUGCUUUCUUCAGGUUAUUGUAGAUAUUUAAGUCAUGAAGUUCAAAGCCACUUUGAAGAUUGCAGUGUCUUUGAUAAUCUCAAUGUACUGGAAAGCAUGCAUGGCAUCCAAUAAAAUUGCAGUUUCAGUUGACCCUCCAACCAACCUACAGAUACUUGAUCCUGGAUACCUUGGACAUCUUCACAUUACAUGGCAACCCCCUGCCAGCCUGGAAAAUGUGAAAAACUGUUCAGUGCGAUUUCAGCUUCAAUAUUUCAGCACCUCUGAAGGAAGAUGGGUGACAAUCAGAACUAAAAAUUUCAACUACAGUGCACAGUUUGACCUUGGGAAAGAAGUUCAAGUUAAGAUCCAGACUUUGUUGAGAGGACAGUGCUCUAAUGGAACAGAUGUGCUAAGCUUGCCAGCUGAAAAAACAGUACUGCCUUCCAGGAAUGGAUCAUCAGAAUCCAAGAUUAAAGAUUUCAGAUGUAUUUUCUAUUACCGGGAGUAUAUGGAAUGCACAUGGGUGAAGGGAAAUGAAGUCCAACCUCAGUCUGAGUACUUCUUGUUUUAUUGGCAUAAUGGAAUGGAUCAAGCAAUGGAGUGUCCUAAAUAUAUCAAGUCCAAUGGAUUUAAUGUUGGGUGCAACUUUUCCAGUAAAGAGCUUGUUGAGUUUGCUGAAUUCAACAUAUGUGUGAAUGGUUCUUCAGCCAAAUCACCCAUGAGAGCUGCAUAUUUCACACUGAAACCACAGAAUCUUGUGAAACCAGCUGCCCUUGAGAUUCUAAACUUGACAGCAACAGACAAUGAGAAAAUCCUUUUGGAAUGGACACCACCUACAGGAAAAAUUCCUAAACAUUGCUUGGAGUAUGAGGUUCAAUAUGGGCGUGAAGACAGAGAAUGGAUGAAUCACAUAAUUAAAGAAACAACAUUUGCCAUUGUUAGCAUUGACCAAAGCGAAAAACACUGCUUUCGACUUAGAAGCAGGAUGAAUAUGUUCUGUGCAGACAGCGAAGUCUGGAGUGAUUGGAGCAACAUUCAGUGUUUCCCUGGUGUAAUGAAAGAAAAAGACACCGCAUCAGAAGCUGUGUUAUUCAGCGUGCUGGCUGCUACAACAAUUGUCCUGUUCACAGUUUUCCUAUGUUUACUGAUCAGGAAACGAAUGUUCAAACCCAAAGGCAUAAAAGAUAUAAGUCUGCUAGGAGUAGAGAGCAGCCAGAAUUGAGACUCUCUGCAUUUACCAUGAAUGAUGAUUUUUUCCACUUUGAACUUUGCUGUUAGAAAACAGGAGUGUGUUAAUGCAGAUACUGAACACCACAGCAGAUGUUUUGUAAGUGAAGAGCAUUAAUAAAUAAAAAAAAGUUGCUUAAUUACCAACGAUAAAAAGAAAGAUCCUAGGUGGGUUAAAAUUAACAACACCUACUAAUUAAAUUACUUAGAUAAAAAUUGAAUCUGUUAUCUACAGUAAGAUCAUAAAACCGGGAAUCCAUUCUCAAAUACAAUGAGUCUUUUGAUUUGAUUCUGGCAGAGAUUGUUGUUGCUGGACACGAUAGACAUCACUGUUAUCACAUUUCUUCUCUUGAAAUGAAAAUUGUUUUCUUUUCAUGAGUGUUCAAAAGUGAAUGCUGGUUUCUUAUGCACUCUAGCAAUUCGAUAUCUAAGUGAUGUCAUUGUGCAGAAUAUUGUGAGCAAUAGUCAUGGAAAAUUGCUUAGCAGAUAAUUCUGCAUUGAGUUUUUUUCUUUUGUUUGCUCUUAGAAAAGAUGUACUGUACGCUUAACAACGCAACCAUUUACUGGAUAAAAUCCUAAAUCUUCAACUAAAACUUCAACAUCAUUAGAUAUGUUGUAGCCUAAUGACUGAUCUCUUGUUUUAUGGUUGCAUUCAAAACCACAAAUGUAAAGGUUUGGUUUGUUUUUGUAAGUUCCUUAAAACUUGACUGAGAGAAUGGAAAUGGAGUACACUAUAUAGUAUAUAAUACACUACACUAUAUUGAUAUUGAUUUAGUUUUCUGUGUCCAGUAGAUUUUGUGCAGAUUAUGUUGUCAUUCUAAAGCUUUGUUUAUUCAUUUAAUGCUGUACAGAUAACUAAGAGAUCUGGAAUUUCCAGAAAAAUGAUAUACCACAGUUAACUUCACUUUAAACGUCCUCACACUACUUUGCCAAAGUGCCCCAGCUAAGCUUUUAUUGUGACAUUGUUGAAACAGUAAACCGAAAUGUCUGUAUCAACUUCAGAUCCUGGAUAAAGAUGAUUCCUCAAAAUGAUUUCAAUAUUCAUAGACUAUAAUACUAGAAGGGAAGACCUGGGUGGCAGACUUACUGUGUAUACACAGGCAAGUGAAAGUGUGAGAGAUUAAGAUCUAACCUUCUUCCUGAACUUCUUUUAUAAAUUCCAUUAAUUACCAUUAGUUGUUUUCCUGUCCCAACAAGGUUGUUAUCAUCACCAGGCUGUUGCACAGUAUCCCACACAGAUUGUGUUUAACCUUAAAAAGGAGUGAAAUACAGUAAGAUUUAGAUUGCAGUGAGAAAAAAAGAGCUGUGCAGUCUAAUCAUUAGCUUUGACUGAUGAAUCCUGGAAACCUUUUGGAAUGCUGCCUGACCAUUCCAUCGAAAACAUUGAUUAUAACGAUUGCUGCUGUUGCUGUUUUAAAAAGGACCAACAACAGCUUGUGGUGGUAUUCAUAAAAUCUUUUGAAAAAAUACAUGAUAAUAAGAAACACAUUAUUUGCCUAGCACCAAUUGAAAAGUUUUUCUAAAGGUAUAAAUAGAAUGUUCCUAAUCCCAUUCAUACUAGCAUGUUUUAUGCCUUUUAUACCUACCCAAAUAGAGGUUAUCCACCUUUAUACAACAUGUUGUUUCCUGUUUUAUAAUUAGUCCUCAAGCCAUGUGUGUACAUUACUUUGUACUCAUGUGGUGUUUAAUUUAAGAAUUAACUUUUUGUGAGACUAAAGUUUACAGCAAAAUUAACAAUUUUAACCAAAUCUUUUGUAAAUCUCCAUAAUGUCAUGUUCACUCAUGUUAUCAACUGCUCAAGUUGAUUAUUUCAUUAAUUCUGGUACGUUUAAUAGGAUCCAGCCUGUCUUAACCCACACUGUCAGUCUCUUAACAGUGCAGUUGUUUUUAAGUAUUUUUCUAAUGUACUGUAGCUCUAACUCUCAUUUCCUAAAAUUUACAUAUUCUAAUGUAAGAGCCUGCAUGAAACAUUAUUUACCAUGUUACUCAUUUCAUUUUCAUCUAUUAUCUUACAAAUAUUCUCCGUUGCUUGGUAUUAUAGUCUAUGAAUAUUGAAAUCAUUUUAAGGAAUCAUCUUUAGAAUGCUCUCUGCCUUCUUAUUGUUUUCACAAUUUUUCUAUUAAACUAUACAGGUUAUGUUUACCUAGACUUGAUCUUUUUGUUUUAAGUAUAAAGUUUGUGAGCUUUAACAUUAUGAUUUAGAAGUAUAAUCGUCCUUCUUCUAUUAUCUGUAAUAAUCUGUAAAUCCAUCAGCUCCAACUUCACAACACAGGCUUCGUUCCUUUAUAGCCAGCUUUUCUCAAAUUAAUCACAAACGUUUGAGAUUUAAAGUAUACUGUAAAUACAUCACCAUAUUAAAGUCAUAAUUACCAAGUGGUUUCAAUCUGUUACCUGUUAUCUUAAUUAUAUCCUGGUUGCUUGAAACCACCAAAUCCACAAGACCAUCUUUUCUCUUUGAAACCUUUACAAACCGGCCUAAGAAGCAAUCAUUAAACACCUCAGCCUGUUUCAGCUUCUGUGUGCCUCAUCAUUUAUGUGUGAAAAUUGAAAUCUCACAGCCAUGUAACAGACACAUGCUAUUAUCAUGUAACCAUUACUGAAGUCUUUCACAAAAAAGACAACCAGGUGCAUUAAUUUACUUCACCCUUUGUUUAAAUGCCCACUAAAUGAUUACGAUGAAUACUUUAUCAUAAAGCACUUUGCAUCAUGAAGAUUAAUAUUGCUCAACAGUAAAAUUAAUGAUUUGCCGAAAUAUAUAUUUGUGGGUUUGCAAAUAUGGAUUCAUUUACACAAAUAAAUUAUACUUCAUUUAUACAAACGGGUCAUUACAUCAAAUAAAAUGUUAUGCAGUUAGUUUCUUUACAGACUGCAGGCUUUAAUGGGCGUAUGGUUUUAUUUUUCAUGUUUAUUAAUUCCAUCUACUAUGUGAAUAUUAACAACACAAAAUCUCUAAAACAUUAAUUGCAUAUUGCACCCUGAAUUCAACACAGUUAGCUUAUAUAUGAGUUGUUACAUAUUUUAUGUUUGACAGAUAUAGGUAUUUUAUUUCAAGAUGAAAAAAUAUAAAUUAGAUAACUGACGAGGCACUUUUACAAAUUUACUUAGUGCUGUGUAUUAAAAUAUUAUUCCAAAAUUAAUUCAAAACAUAUUAACAUAAAUUAUGUAACACUCUAAAUACAAUAUUGUAUAGUAUUUGAGUAUUCCACAUACAGAAAAUUAUCAGAAUUGCCGAUGUUCUUGCCAGCCUUAUUUAAUUUGUGUUUUUAUCUUUCUAAGCUUUGGAAUAUGUAUUUGUCACCUAUUUAUUGCAGAAAAUUGUCAUGGUUAAAAACAGGAUAUAUUUUUGUAACUUCCACAUAUUGAUUGUUGGACCUAACUGUAUUAUUUCAAAAACACAUUGUUAAAUAAAUUAUUAAUAUUG